AUGCAAGAAAGAUAUAAAAUUAUUUGUGAAAAAGAAGAUAAUUUAAUUAAACAAUAUAUGCUAACUGAUUUUGAGUUUGCUGUAUGGUAUCUAAAGAAUUAA